CCGAGCACGCUGACCCCGUUCCUGCCGCCAUGGCUUGUCGGCCGCGAAGCCCGCCUGCCUACGGGAGCCGCCGCGACCGCGGCGCUAGCCCUUCGUCCCCUAAGAGAUGGAGCCUCGGGCGGAAGCGCAGAGCGGACGGGAGGCGCAGGAAGCCCGAGGACGCGGAGGAGGGCCAGCACCCGGCUGAUGACCGCAGACCCGCGAGUUUCACCACUCCUGAAGGCCCCAAGCCCCGUUCUCGGUGUUCAGACUGGGCCAAUGCCGUUGAAGAAGAUGAAAUGAGGACCAGAGUUAACAAAGAAAUUGCAAGAUAUAAAAGAAAACUCCUCAUAAAUGACUUUGGAAGAGAGCGGAAAUCAUCAUCAGGAAGUUCUGAUUCAAAAGAGUCAGCAUCUACAGUGCCAGCUGAUGUGGAGACAGAUGAAAGUGUCCUGAUGCGAAGACAGAAGCAGAUCAACUAUGGAAAGAACACUAUUGCCUACGAUCGCUAUAUUAAAGAGGUCCCCAGACACCUUCGACAACCUGGCAUUCACCCCAAGACCCCCAACAAAUUUAAGAAGUAUAGUCGGCGUUCAUGGGACCAGCAGAUCAAGCUCUGGAAGGUGGCUCUGCACUUCUGGGAUCCUCCAGCUGAAGAAGGCUGUGAUUUGCAAGAAAUACACCCUGUGGACCUUGGGGAAAUGGAAACUGAAUCCACAGAGAGCAGCUCUGAGUCCCAGACGAGCUCACAGGAUAAUUUUGAUGCGUAUUCUGGCACACCCACCAAGGUCAGACACGUGGACUGCCAAGUGGAAGACGAAUUUGAUUUGGAAGCUUGCUUAACUGAGCCCUUGAAAGACUUCUCUGCUAUGAGUUGACUGCCACCUGGUGGCCACUGGGAGAAGCAGGUGCCAUCUCUGGCCAGCUAGAGGUCCGCCAAACAUGUAGGCCUGUGAUGUGCACUGGUAGCUGGGUGGUGUCUGUCAGUAGUUCAUGGUCUUAUGAUGAGUUGUUGUUCUUGCCUUACUUUCUUAGAAACAUUAAUUUUGUGUAUAGUGAAUGUUUUGCAUGUUUUAACUUGUAAAUGGUGCUGAAUCCAAGGAAUAUUGAUUGCGAAGCAGUCUUAAGCAAACUUGGGUGCGUGGUGUUUCCACUCUCAAGUUGGAAAGGCCAGUGCAAGUGAACUAGUUUCCCACAGCCUCCUUAGACUUUUAGUUGCCGCUUGUCAGGUGGGCUGGUUGUAAACUUUACCAUGUGUUCUUAGGACCAAUAUAGGGUGGUUUUCUUUGCAGGUACUUGACAAAGUAUAUUCAGUGUGAGACAUAUGAUGAUUUUGUGGAAAUGUGUUUUCUGGCCUUUUAUCAAUAAAUCCAAGUAGUUUUUUUCCCUCCCAUACAGAGCUCUGAACAAAGAUGUUAAAUUAAUGGGUUUUAUGUAAGUUAAAGUCUCUGAUUGGGUACUUGUAAAUAGCGCCAGGUAGGUCUUAACUGAUGAGACAGUUAAGGCAACAGAGCGACUUAGAAUGUUUUUUACAAUCAGUUAAUUGACAGUGUAAAAUUACUGUAAAUGAUAAUGUGUACAGAUAUUCAAUUGUAAACUUGUUAAACUGUUGUGUUUUCAUUGCUUUUGUAUGGAAUGAUGUUGCAAAAAUAAAAAGGAAAAAACUCUUUUAA